AUCUUUCUUUUUCCCGUUUGGAAAACUUCAUGGAUCCUCCCUCUUAUUCUAUUUCUUCUUCUAGUAAUGAUGGACCACGUCCUUUAGCAGUCAAACAAGAUUUCCAUCGACGCCUUCACACAUCAAAAGCUGGCCUUUUAGCAUCUACGACAUCCUCCAACACUACCGGUUCUACAACAACGAAUUUGGCAACUCCACAAACCUUAUAUCAUUCCUUGAAUCACUUCAACUUUAAACGACCUAUACAAGAAGGUCUUUUACAACCCAAUGCGAAACGAGCCAAGAAGGUAUAUCGAUCUAUUUUACGAGAUCAACAUUUUUUAUUCGAUCUGAAACGACUGUUAUGGGAUAAAUUAAAACAACUGCAGAUGGAACAUUCACUAUUAGAGCAAAUGUGCCAAUAUACCCAACAAGAUGUAGAUGAUGUCCCACCUCUUUUCAGUCAACAUGAUAUAGACUCUCUUGACGAAGACACAGCAGCAUACCAACAGUCAAUGCGAAUGGAACAGGAAGACGGAUUGAAACAACUUAAUGAUCAAUGUUGGAUGCAAACUUUCGAUUCUCCUUAUGACACUGCUUCCACGACCACAACAAGCAACAUAUCGUUAUUAUCACCUAUUGGUAGUUCUGUAUACGAAACGGCUGAUGAAAUUGGAUCGGAUACAAGAAGUGUAAUAGAUACUUUAUCUUUACCACCAUGUCUAGAACCUUGGUCAACAACAAAAUCAGAAGAAAUGACACCAACUCAUCUUGAUACGAUCGAAGAGAAUACAACCACUGAAGAACCACUAGAUCAAUAUGAUAGCUCUAAAUAUCAAGAUUCGAUUCAAAUGGAUGACUAUUUGAACAACGAUAACAAUAAUACUACUGGAUUCGAAGAUGAUGAUUAUGAUGACGAUGAUGAUGAUGAUGACAAUGUAGAAGACGAAGAUGAAGAAACAGCGAGAAAAGCGCUAACGUUUAUGUUGGCCCAUUAUGGAAAUGACUUUUGAACAAACAACAAAUCGGUCUAGCUUGAAUUGGAUUCAUCUUUAUCCUCAUGUUUAUAUUAUAUUAUUUUAUUUUUGUACAUAGUUUUUGAAUCAAUAAAAGUCUUUUUGUUUUUAUCACAUU